AUGGUCGCUUUAUCGAGGUUUGCAAAAGUUCUUACAGAAAUAAAAAGAGAAUUCGAUGAAAGGUUGUCGGAAUUUGAUGCACUAAAACCCGAUCUUGAGCUUUUUAACAAUCCAAUGGGAGUCAACAUCCAGAACCAAUCAGCAGAAUACCAACUAGAGCUGUGCGAACCACAGUCAGAUUCGUUUUUUCAAGCAAAGAAAAAUGAAGACAUUAGUACCUCUUGUGGGAGUUAG